GCUUCACCACCCGCCCAGCUACAGUAGAAAGUUUAUGAGCGUUUACAUGACUGGAUGCUUCUUUCGCACUCGUGGAUUAUACCCGCAAUUUAAAAGUUACAUUCUCCAUUGAUAUAUCUCCUCAUUGUAAUAUUAUUUAAAGAAAGCGACGCCAUACCGUUUCCUGGCAGACUGGGCCAGCAGUUACUGACCACUGGAUAACCCUAGAGCUCUGGGCCCCAACGAAUAUGCUAGGCUAUCCAAGAACAGAUAAUCCCAUUGGAAGUAUAAAGCUGACCUUUGACCUAUCAAGGCUGGAUUUGUGUGGUCACCCCUCUGGAGCGGAACCACUGCCACUACAGUCACAGACGUGCUGCCAUUGGACGAGGACGCUGCUCUCGCUGCCCGAGCACCUAGACACCGGCUAGUUCUUCUUUGAGACUCCCACAGAUAUCUGACUUAGAGAUGGAGAGCAGCAACAUGUCGCUUUUACCUCUGCUUCUACUGUGCCUUGCCAUCGCCACUUCAGCAUCCCAGCAGACAUGUGAGCCAGUGGAGGUCCCUGACAACCAGAAUGCCUGGAUCAGGGUGAGGGAGAUGCCUACAGGCUGCUGGACCAGCUACACCACUAAGGACAGUAAAGAGGUGCACAUCCUCAGCCUGCACUACCUUCCUGGGGCUCCCACAAUGUUUGAACUAAACAUGACCACUGCCAAGCCAAUGCACCUCAUCAUCACCACAGACUCAGAGCAGGUCAUAUACUCUGCGGCCAAUGCUAACAUGGAUGUCAGCUUAUACGUGGCCAAUGACUCCAAUAUGAUGUUGAUUGGUUCAAAUGUCGACAUCCAGAAAAAAGCCCUGCCCACAGACAACAAAGAUCUAGUGAGAUGGGCCACCGAGGAGUUUGGUGGGGUGACGUCUUUCACCACUGUCCAGAACCCAAGGAGCAUCACUUCCACAGGGAGAGAGGGAACAAGACUCCUUCCAACUGGCUCCAACAACUGUACUCUUGAAAAUGAAUGGCAUUCCCUCAAGCACUAUCUGACGUUAGAAUCAAACAUACCUUCAUCAAUCAAGUCCUGCUCGAACCAGCCUCCCAACAGUCACACAGAGAAAGAACUAUACAUCGUUAACAUCCCUGAGGAUGUCAGCAUUCGCAAUGUCUCUGUGCACGUCAUCAGUGAGAGGCAGAUCAGUCUGUUCCUAAGGGGACCUCAGGGUACCAUGUGGAGCAUCCAUGACCCACAGCACACCAGCUUCUGUUCUAACAACGUGAUCAUGCUUGCGGUCUCCAGCAUGAUGCAUAAGAUCCCUCCCACGGUCGCUAUCACCACAGACAGUGCCGUUGCUGUACAAAAGAAGGCCUUUGAACAUUUCAAAGCCAGCACCAUCACCAGCUAUUCUGAGAUCCGAACCGCGGGCAACAUGGUCACACUGGUCCUGGGGAAUAAGGACCACACUCCAGUCACAGAGGCUGCACCAACCGAGUCCACCCCAUCGCCCCCUAGCCCCCCUCAGAUGCCUCUGGUCAUGCAGCUGUACACCUCUCCAGACUACCGCUCCCCUCUGGACCCCAACGUCAAGGUGCAGAGCGACAAGAGGAUCUACGCAGAGAUCUCAGGGAGGAUGCUGGGGGAGAUUGUGCUGACCAUCAAGGUGAUCAACUGCUCGGUGCGCUCCAAGGGCUCAUGCCCGGUGGUCAGGGACAUGCCCUUCAGGCCAGAGGCGUGCUCCUCCACCAUGUGCCCCAACAGUACCAGGGUUAGCUUCUCCCUAGAGCUGCUCCAAGACCUGGCGUCCACUAGCUGGGACCUGGAGUGCUCCGUCAAACUCUGCUUCAGUGAGAAAUGUGGAGAUGGAGGAAGAGUGAAGAGGAACUUGGAGGUCACCCAGACAUACAUCCCACCACCAACUGUGUGUAUUGACUUUGGUCUGUCAGCCGUGCUGGGCAUCGCUUUCGGAGGCUUCCUGAUCGGAGUUCUGCUUAUUGGAGCUCUGUGGUUCAUCAAGAUCCGCACAGGAUACCCCACCGGACUGGAUGUAGGGUCGACUGCAGUAAACCUCUCAGGAUGUCCUUGCUCUCUGACCAGCAAACGGCAACCCGUCUCUACAAACCCCUCCCCCUCUGAGAACAGUAGUGCCAAUGCCAGCAUUGGCAGCACUCAGAGCACGCCAACCAGCAGCAUGGCAUGAGAUCAUCAGCACCACUGUCUCCCCUUUCUGUCACACGAGGGGCCUCGUGCUAUUUGUUCGCUCUUUCACCAUGCUUAAGAAAGCAUAACCCCCCUCUCUUUAGUCACACCACAAACACGCACCCUCUCUCACCCGUGACCCCACCUGAAAGUGGUGAGGUCAGGGGCGGGGAGGGGUGGGGGGAGCAGGUGGCAGCUGUAGUCUAGUCCAGGCUCCUACCAUUCACCUCACCAGCCUCCCAGCAAUAGUUCCAGACGGGAAGUCAGCGAGGGUGAAAAAAAAGGCCCCGGCUCCCAGCAACAGGAAAAACAAAGCAUAUCCCCCAAGAACUAACAGGAAAUUCACUGCAUUCUUCUCAAUGAAUUGUGCCUCUCUGAUGGCGGCACAAUAAGAGUCAGUCAGGGGGGAAAAGAGACAAAAGAUUGACUUUUAAAAACAUUAUUAGAGAAACUGUUUUGUCUCUCGACAUCCACAGUUGUUGUGAUUGGAAAUGUCAAGGCCCCUUUUUGUAGACAAUUUAGAGAUAGAUUCUGGACUGACAUCUGUUCUAUCAUGUUGACUGUAGUUUGAAUUAAAAUUGUGUUACUGUAUAUGGGUGGCUGGAAGACACCAUGUCAGAUUUGAAGAUUUCAGACAGAUCAACAAAGAGAUCAACAAAGCUAAAAUAUCCAGUGUUAUCCUCCAAUGCCAAGGGGUAUCUGUCUUUAUAUGAGUUAGGAAAGAUUGGGAAAAGGCUACCUCUUAAUUUAUGUACAGCGCAUUUGGAAAGUAUUCAGACCUCUUCCCUUUUUCCACAUUUUGUUUUACGUUACAGCCUUAUUCUAAAAUUGA